AUGGCUACCGACCCCGGCAGUCGCCCUUCCUCUCGAGACUCCCCUGUGCCACAAGGGGCUCAAAGAGACCAAGAAGGCCACUAUGUUGGGUCUUCAAGCGCAGCAUCCUUCCUCAUUCGUAUUCAGAAGCGACUGCAUCAGAAUUCUUCCCUCUCACAUGACUCUACCAUAUUCACCUUCGGAGACGCUCCGCUUCCUGAGUUCGAUCUUUCCAUCUUUGUCCCACCACCAAAGCCUGAUGCGCAGAGGCUUGUAGAACGGUAUUUCGAAUACGCGGCACCAACUCAUCGCUUCCUACAUCGACCGACUAUCGAACAGCUUGUAGAUGAAUUCUAUGAGACGCAAGGUGAGAUGAGGAGUAAGGAAGACGGCAAAGCGAAAGCUGCGUUAUUGAUGACGGUCUUUGCGCAAGCGCAAGCAUAUAUGCCGCCUGGCAGUACAGUGCAAACUAGCAGCGCCCGAUAUUUCCGUGCAGCUGAGAACCUACUGUCAGGAGAGCGUGGCGCCGUACGGUUAGCGAGUGUUCAGGCGCGACUGUUGCAGUGCUUCUACCUUCUAACACAGUCCCGAAUCAACCAUUGUUGGAGUCUCUUUGGCACGCUGUCACACCUUGCUCUUGCCAUAGGUUUGAAUCGCGGUAGGAAAUGCGAUCCCUCGACAAAGGUAGACUAUCUGGAGACUGAGAGUCGAAGGCGCCUGUUUUGGGUUGCGUACUCUCUCGACAAGUACCUCGCUGCUGCCCUUGGCCGGCCACGAACCUUCAAGGACGAAGAUAUCGAUCAGGAACUUCCAACCGUUGUCAACGACAACGACCUUCAUCCAAACUACAUGAAUCUCCCAACGGGAUUUACUUACUCCUUGAUGACAGCCCCAGUCGAGCACAUCAAGUUGACACGCAUUGUCUCUCUCGUGCUGCGAGACCUAUACUCGAUCCGUCCACCCAGCCUGACGAAGCGCAUCGAACUAUCUUCAAAGUACACAGCGGAGCUGCACGCAUGGCACAACUCGCUGGUUGGUUUCCUUUCUGGUACCGCCUCGGAAGCACGCAUCGACAACCAGCUGCUCAUACCAGUCUACCAGCGUCAGCGUUCCGUUCUCAACUUGGCUUACCAUCAUGCAUUGUUACUUAUACACCGACCUUUCUUACUGCGAGAUUUUGCGAGUUUGACACACAUGCCAACCCAUCCCAACUGGAGUGCCACCAGCUACGACGCAUCGGCCAAUAUCACCGCAUGUCUCGAAGCUGCCAUGUCCCUUGUACGCUUCGUAGACGACGUUUUCGUUUCGUCUAAUCUCUUUCGCUCUUUCUGGUUUACCCAAUACUAUGCAUUCUGUGCGGUCGUAGUGUUGUAUAUUCAUCGCAUUCAACAAGGCUUGGGUGUAAAGACGAAAGUGGAGUGCGAGGGUUUUUUCGAGGCGGGUGUGAAGUGUCAAAAACAAUUGGAGACGGUUAGCGACACUGACUGCCUUGCGCACCGAUAUUGUGUUGUACUUGAAGAACUUAGGACUGAAGCGGUGCGGCAGUCGGGAAGACUAUCGACGCCCGCAGCAUCGGUUGACACACCUACACGCGACACUCCUAGUUUCCAUGAUAACCCCAUUCUCCCACCACCCUUGUCGGCACCAAAUCCUGAUACCGUACUGCCAUCGUCAAAUCUUUCAAACUUACUUUACAAUAACAACGCCACUAGCAACAUUCAGCCUACGCCAAACAGCGCGGAAGCAUUCAACACCACCAACCCAACCUUCACAUUUGACCUACUUGAUUGGACCGAUUUUGCUAGUUGGGGACAAUUUGAAGGUCUCGUAACGGCCGGCAAUGGUUCGUUCGAUCCUGCAGGUGUAUCACAGAACGAGAAUGACUUUUGGUUUGGGUCCUGA